UUACAAAACUAUGUGUGGGAUGUGAUUGCAGUAUGGAAUACAUGGUAGGAAAGGGUUAGGGGUGUGUAUUUGUAUGUUGGAAAAUGUAGGACGUACGUAGACACAGUAUGAAGAAUGUUAACAUUUCGGUGUCCGGUGUUGUGUAGUACGUGGUGUUUGGUGCAGUCUGUGGUGAAGGCACUUGCAGUAAAUAACCUUACAUUGUGAUCACAUAAGCUUUAACUAUGGAUAAAAAGGAUAGUUCAGAACUGUUAUCUGUAAUUAGUUCAAACUCUGAUGAGGCUGUGAAUUCGAAGAAUGCUAGUUCUGAUUCUUUGGGCUCAGAUUCAAAGUCUAGUUCCUUGAAUUCAAAAUUGGGACAAGAUUCGGCAAGUUCAGACAAAGGCUCUCCUUCUAAGAGCUACUGCUCAUCCAGUUCUACUUCAACUGAAAAUGUAGUCUCAACCCUUGAAAGCAAAUUUAAGACCAAAGUGAAUGUAGCUGAAACAGGACCACCUUCUCGUCCUGAUGAUCCUCCACUGUUGCCUGGAGAGAAAGUCCAGGGUGUGGCAAGGGAAGUGACAUAUUUAUGUCCAUACAGUGGACCUGCGAGAGGGGUUCUUUCUGUAACAAAUUACAAGCUGUAUUUCCGCAGCAUGGACCGAGAGACACCAUACGUGGUUGAUGUGCCACUGGGAGUGGUCAGCCGCAUUGAAAAGGUUGGAGGAGCCUCCAGUAGGGGUGAAAAUUCCUAUGGAAUAGAAGUUUUCUGCAAAGAUAUGAGGAAUUUGAGGUUUGCCCACAAACAGGAAAACCAUUCAAGAAGAAAUGUUUUUGAAAAAUUGCAACAUUAUGCAUUUCCAUUAUCACACAAGUUGCCACUUUUUGCAUUUGAGUAUUCAGAAACUUUUACGGAGAAUGGGUGGGCUGUACAUGAACCAAUAGCCGAGCUGAAACGCCUGUCAGUCCCUAAUGACACUUGGAAAAUCUGCAAGCUUAAUGAGAACUACGAGAUAUGUGAUAGUUACCCAGCAGUGUGGGCCGUUCCUGCACAAGCUACAGACGAUGACUUGAGAGCUGUGGCCGCAUUUCGAAGCAGAGGGCGUGUGCCAGUACUGUCGUGGAUACAUCCAGAGAGCCAAGCCACCAUAACACGAUGCUCUCAGCCAUUGGUGGGUGUCGGUGGUAAACGUUCACGUGAAGAUGAGCGUUACAUUCAGCUUAUUAUGGAUGCAAAUGCUCAAUCACACAAACUGUUCAUUAUGGAUGCAAGACCAAGUGCUAAUGCAAUUGCCAACAAGGCUAAAGGUGGUGGCUACGAAUCCGAAGAUGCAUAUCAAAAUGCGGAAUUAGUAUUUCUGGAUAUUCACAAUAUCCACGUUAUGAGAGAAUCUCUUCGUAAACUUAAAGAGCUUUGUUUCCCAACCAUAGAAGAAUCAAGAUGGCUUUCAGGUGUGGAAUCAACAUACUGGCUGAAGCACAUAAAAUGCAUUUUAGCUGGUGCUGUGAGAAUUGUUGAUAAAGUAGAAAACCACAAAACCUCUGUUCUAGUCCACUGUUCAGAUGGCUGGGAUCGCACAGCACAGCUUACAGCAUUAGCUAUGCUAAUGCUGGAUCCAUAUUACCGUACAAUCAAAGGCUUUGAGGUUCUCAUUGAAAAGGAAUGGCUUAGCUUUGGACAUAAAUUCCAGCAGAGGAUUGGCCAUGGUGAUGAUCAUCACUCUGAUGCGGAUAGAUCCCCUGUGUUUCUCCAAUUUAUUGAUUGUGUGUGGCAGAUAACAACACAGUUCCCAAAUGCAUUUGAGUUCAAUGAUCACUUUCUCCUAACUAUACUGGAUCAUCUAUACUCCUGCAGAUUUGGCACAUUUUUGUAUAACAGUGACCGUGAGCGAGUAGCAGAAGGUGUGAAGCAGAGAACUGUGUCACUGUGGUCAUACACUAACUCAAACUUGAAUGAUUACAAGAAUCCACUGUAUUGGGCAGAUAAUCAACAGCAGACAGUAAUUAUACCUGUUGCUAGUAUGCGGCACAUCCAACUGUGGAAGGGUCAUUAUUGCCGCUGGAAUCCUAGCAUGCGGCCACAGGAUCCUGUUUGUCAGCGAACACGUGAACUGCUGGUGUUAAAGGAGCAACUGGAAAAACAAGUAGAAGAGUGUAGGCGUGAACAGCAGUUGAGAGCUGCACGCACUGCAGCUACACCACCACGACUCUCAUCUCCUGUACACACAUAGAACUUAUUUAAUUGACACAGAAUGUCAAAUGGUAGUAUAACAACAUUAAUUUAUUGACUGUUUUUCAUAGUUACUGUAAAUGCGCAGUACCUGCUUUAUGGAUUCUAAGUUGUCCGUUGAUCUGUGUAAAUGUUCUUUGGUGUCCAAAAAUGAGAUAUAAAUUGUGUAGUUUUGUACAGUGUUGUUGUUUAAAGAUUACAUGAUUUUUAGAGAUUUUCCUGUGAAUUGUUGUUUGUAAAGAGUUUUAAUGGACAUUAAAUGUUUCAAUGCUUGUCCUAAUAAAUCAUUCGGUUUAAAUGCAGCAUGAUGCACCAAGUUGCUGGAGGCUCGUAUCAGCAACAUUGCACUUCAGAAAUAUUUUGAGAAGUCUCAAGAUUGUGAUGUGGUAAUUGACAAUGUCAGUGCAGUGUAUGUAAAGUUAAUGACAGAUAGUUCUGUUCUCUUAUAUGCUAUCCCUAACUACAAUGGAGAAGCAUCACCAGUCCCAGAUGCUUGUGUGGUACUUAAAGACUUAUCAUCAUGGGAACCAUACUAUCGUUAGUUAUUGAGAGAUUCAUUGCAUUGAAUCAUCAUAACAUAUCAUCAUUUCUUACGAGCUAAGUGUGCAGGUAUGUUUUGUCAGUGUAUAUCUGCACAACACCAUAAAAUUGUGAUUUCAUAUAAUAUUCUAAGAAAAUUGAAAGUAAUAAAUGCUUCUGAAAUGAUAGAGAUUGUAUGUUUUGCUUAAUGUGUCAGACACUCUUCCAUUUAUGAAGAAUGAAAACUAAUGUACCGAAAUGCCCAGAAAGAUGUAAAACUGCAGUGACAUUCAUGUAAAUCUGAAAUGGUAGUCAUGAUAAUACUGACCAUAUGUUGUGUGACAUAGAUCUGUAGUUGUCGGGGAAAAAUGUCUUUGCAUACUGUAUUGUUUAAUGUAAUUAUUAAUGGUAGGUCUUUGAAAAAAAGGACAAUAAAUGUAAUAUUUUUUGCUCUAAAAUAGUACUAGUAAUAACUUAAAUGUUUCUUGACUGUGAUGAAUGGGACUUACAUCAGAGAUCAGGUGGUGAUUGGAGAAAGAAGUCUUUCAGCUGGAUCUGUUAGUAGUGGUAAUAACUGUUGUAGUUAAUAUUGCUGGGGGAAUAGUAUGCUUCAUGUAUUUAAUUCCAUCACCAGACUUACAGCUCCUACAAAAUUUUUCAGGAAAUGGAUAAUAAUGCUUCUGUUAUGCAUUUUGUGAAUUUAUGAGCAUAUUACUUCUAUCGUAAGUACAUAUUGUUUCAGUCUGUGGAAAGUAUUUGCAAGGCUAAAUUAUGAUUUUCAUAUUUAAGUCAUUAAUGGCCUAACAGAUCUAAAUAAUAAGACAACAGUUUUGUUGUGUUUCCAGUCCCAUGAAAGCAUUCACUGUAUCACCAAGUUUAUAUGAAAAGAGUAUGUAUAGCUUUGUAUUUAUGUAAAAAAAUAUAUAUAUAUAUGUAUUUGUUGAUGGAAGUGUUUCAUCUUUCAGGUGUUAUUUUCCGAUGAAUGAGGACACAAAAAGAAAAGAAAAUAUCCUACCUUACUUCUUUAUAUUACAUUGCAUUAGUCAUAUUCCAAGGAUCCUGUGAAGAGUGAUCUCUUGGAGAGAAGUCAAAGAUGCACAUUUUAUUUUAUUCGAGUAUUAAGCAACAAAAUGAUUCACUAUUAUGAAAGACUAUUCCAAUCACCAGAUCAGCUAAAACAUUAACUUUAGAGCUUCUGUAAACAUCCUCUUCAAUGAAGUAGAAGAAUGUGCUGAAUUGAAAGUUGUUCAGUCCAAUCUUAAACUCCGCCAUAUUAUUUAUAUGAUGACUAUUGUGCUGUGGUAGGUUGCCGAAUUUCUGCCCAUGUAUCUGACUCCUUUCUACACUACUUUCUACACUAAUGUUGAUGUGUUGAAGUCUUUAUGGAGGGUAUUUCUGCUGCUUUUCAUGAUUUACUCUGUUUUUUGAGAAAAGAGAAAUAUUGGUAAAGUCAUCGGAAUAUCAAGUUUUUUGAAGAAUUCUUUAAGGAUGUUGUAGAAUUAACACCUGAUACAUUUCUUAUAACACACUUGCAUAUUCUGAAAAUACUGCUCCUGGCUGUUGAGUUUUCCCAAUAAUUGAUUCCAUAACUCCUUAGUGAAUGAAAAUAUGCAGAAUAAACUAAUUUCUUCAUUCUUUUAUCACAUAUAGCAGUAGUCGUGUGUACUGCAAAUGUAGCUGAAAUUAGAUGCUUUAUCAGAUCUAGGUGGCGGGUUUUCCAAUUAAUAUUGUGAUCCAUCUGCAAAUCAAAAAAACUAAACAGAACUCCACAACCUAUGAAAAUAGUCAUCCAAAACAAUGAAAUAGAAAGUAGAAACUAUGUGAUGUAAUGAACUGUGUAUGCUGAGUGUUGUCAGAAUUCAGUGAUAAUCUGCUUACCUUUAACCACCUGUUGUUUUUGAAUAUUUCACUAGCUAACUUUUAACGCAUUGAUUGCCACAUGCAUAGUGAUGAAUAUUUCAUAACCAGAACAGGCCAGACAAUGGCAUCAGGCAUGAAGCUCUGCUGCAGCUGCCAGCAGACAUCAGGCAUGAGGCUUUGCUGUGCCUGUCAGCAGCCUCAUGGCAGUCAAUGUGUUAUGUAAGGGGAAUGGUACUACUUAGAAUGACUCUGCUGGUACUGUAAUUGUAUUGUAUUAUUUAUAUAUAUCAGAAACUAAUAGUCCAGAAUGGAACCUUGUGGUACUACAUGUCUGUCUACUUCAAAUGCUGAGUACCUUUUGUUGUGUGAUCAACAUGGAACUUACUCUGCUUUCUGUCAUUCUGGUCAGAUAAACUCAAUGAACCACUGCAAUGGUUGUAAUUUAUAGUUUAUGGAUUCUAGUGUAUCAUCUGUCAAUGUAAAUACAGCCUGUUCAGUUGACAGUCAUUUUUGAAAUCCAAACUGUUUGUGAUAAGUAUGAUUUCCUGUAUUGAGUGUUUAUAAAAGACUGUUGUACAUGACUUCAGAAAGUUUUAUAAACACUAGCAGUAAUGCGAUGGAUGGUAAUUCCUUAGUAAUGUUAUAGCUCCUUUAUUCUAAAGUAACUUGACAACACCUAUUCUGUUCUAGAAAGCACCUCUUCUUUCACAUAUAUCUGAGAGCUCAAGGGGAAAACAUGAAAAGUGAGUGCUAAGUUAUGCAGUGUCCCCUGAAAAAUGUAUAGAUUUGAUAACACUACAAGAAAAUUCACAGAAGCUAAACAUUCUUAGAGUAGUUGCAAAUCAUAAGGUAAUACCCACAAUGAAAAAGUACUAAUCUUCAUUACUGGGAAUGAUGGAACUUAAAAUGAAAUCUAGUCUAUAAGCAAAUAGGAUUUGCUGUGAAUUGAUACAAACCUAUUUAAAAUGAUUUUACAUGAAGUUUGUAAUGUAGUUAACAUUAGUCUGAAGAUGGAAGCUUGUUCUGAAAUGUCAAGAGUUUUAUUGUGAUGAACAAUAUAGUUGUGAUUGAGUUGAAUUAGUCUCUUAAACUGGAAAAUAAUCUGUUGAAAUGUUCAUCCAGAAUUGUUUCUGGAAAUUGAUUUGUGUCUGAAUUGAUUUUGGUUUACAAUUGUGUAAAGAAAUACAUUUUGUGUGGAUUGAGAUAGGUUUAAAAUAAUUUAGAUUUUCAGUAUAUCAUGGAACACAAUUUCAGGAAGAUUAUAAAAUACUUAAAGACCUAGACAACCAGAAGAAACUAAUCUGAAAGAUAAGAAACAGAUCCAUAUUUAUAGCGCCAGCACCAGAAAAAAAGUUUCUGAAAGUGAUUUGCUGGUAAGGAUACCUGAAAUGAGACAAAGGCAGCUAGAUUUGCGUGGAGUAUAAUGGUAUGAAGCAUAACAUCACUUAUAGAACAAAUUAGUGCAUUUUUGAUUUUACAUUCAAUUUAAAUCACUUAUGAUCAGGAUAUUUAGCCUGUUUGACAUUGGCGUGGGAAGUGUAAUGUUGAAAUAUGAAACUAAAGAUCACAUAAAUUUUGAGACAAACUCAGAAAAGUAAAAUAACAAAAAAAUUUACUGUGACAUAUUUUUUAAAUUCCUUACCUGUAAAAAAAGAACCACCUAAACAUUGCUGAGUGUCACGUUCAGGAGAUGAAUUUAUUAAGUUUUACUUUUGAAUCACAGUGAAUAUG